AGAGAAAGAGAGAGGAGAGAUAUGAGAUCAUAGCUCGAAGGGGAUCAGAGAAUAUGUAAUUUUGUACCCUUUAAUUUGCAGGGAAAAGAGUGAGAGAGGUGUGGGGUUGAAUAUUAUUGAUUUUUGAAGCAGAGAUGGCCAUUCAUCAUCAGUCAUUUGCUUUCGUUUUCGGCCUUAUUGUUAUAGGCAACUUCAUCUCCUUCCUGGUGUUUCUUGCUCCUAUGCCAACAUUUUACCAAAUCUACAAGAAGAAGUCUACAGAAGGGUUUCAGUCACUGCCUUAUGUGGUUGCUCUAUUCAGCUGCAUGCUCUGGAUUUACUACGCACUCAUCAAGAAGGACUCUGGCCUCCUCCUCAUCACCAUUAACUCCUUCGGAUGUUUCAUUGAAUCCAUUUACAUUGCCAUGUUCCUCUUCUAUGCCUCCAAGAAGCUUAGGCUUUCGACGAUCAAGCUUGUUCUGUUGCUGAAUGUGUUUGGGUAUGGAUCGAUGCUGCUAUCAACUCUGUACUUGGCGGAGGGAUCAAAACGCGUCAAUAUCAUAGGCUGGAUUUCUCUUGUUUUUAAUAUAAGCGUCUUCGCUGCCCCUCUCUUCAUCAUGAGACGUGUUAUAAAGACCAAGAGUGUGGAGUACAUGCCGUUCAAUUUAUCAAUGUGCUUAACCCUUAAUGCCGUCAUGUGGUUCUUUUAUGGCCUUUUCCUCAAGGACUACUAUAUCGCACUGCCGAACACACUCGGGUUCCUGUUUGGAAUAGUGCAAAUGGUGCUUUAUGCCAUGUACAGAAACUCCAAGCCACUAGUACUUGAAGAUCCAGUGAAAGUUCCAACUCAAAACGGCGACCAUAUCAUUGACGUGGGAAGCCAACCUCAAAUAAUAAAACUGAUGCUGUAACACCAGAGGAUGUUGAAGCUAGCAAAACGACAGGGGUGGAAGUGGCAACGUCUGAUUGAUUAACAAUUAAUUAAUUAAACAGGGUCACCACACUGCUAGGGUUUGGUAACUUUUAUAUGUGCAAAGGUGUACGGGGGAUUUUCUAAUUUGCCUGUAUAUUAGAUGGUCCUUGAUUGAUCCUUGCUGUAAUUUCCAGGCAAUAAUGUUGUUAGAAUGAUCUCUAGCUCUCUCUCACUCGAGUAAUAUGCAGUAAUAUAUUCUCUACCCACGGAUCUAUAUGUAUCCUCUUUUUUCUCAACAAAAUCCCAUGCAUUUUUCUUUC